AUGGAGAAGGCGACGACCCUGCUCCUGCUGCUGAGCUUGUGCGCCGCCCGGCUCGACGGCGCCGCGGCGCAGCCGUCCUGGACGCCGGCCAACGAGACGUUCUACGGCGGCAGCGACGCGUCCGGCACCAUGGGCGGGUCGUGCGGGUACGGCGACCUGUACAGCGCCGGGUACGGGGCGCAGACGACGGCGCUCUACGGCGACGGCGCCUCCUGCGGCGCGUGCUUCCUGGUCGCCUGCGACGCGUCGCGGACGGAGUACUGCCAGCCGGGGUCGCCGCCGCCGUCGGUGAUCGUGACGGCGACCAACUUCUGCCCGCCCAACUAUGGCGACCCCAGUGGGUGGUGCAACUCGCCGCGGCGGCAUUUCGACAUGUCGCAGCCGGCGUGGGAGGCCAUCGGCGUGUACCGGGCCGGCGUGGUCCCGGUGAACUACAGGAGGGUCCCCUGCCGGCGCUCCGGCGGGGUCAGGUUCGGCAUCAGCGGGCACGACUACUUCGAGCUCGUGCUGGUCAGCAACGUCGGCGGCGCCGGCGCGGUGGCCGCGGCGUGGAUCAAGGGGUCCGCCACGGACUGGCUGCCGAUGAGCCGCAACUGGGGGGCCAACUGGCAGAGCGGCGCCUACGUCACGGGGCAGAGCCUGUCGUUCAAGGUGGAGACAGACGACGGCAGGUCCGUCGUGGCGGACGAUGUGGCGCCGGCGGACUGGCAGUUCGGCUGCACCUACCAGGCCUCGGUCAACUUCUACUAGGGAAUACAGUGGCGGAGCUAGCCUAGAAAUUUAGGUGGGGCAUACUAUAAAUACAAUUUUUUAAUGACAUCGUAUAGAUAUACAUGAAUAUUUACUCUGUAAUAAAUCUAAAUAUUAAAUCACUAUAAGCA